UAAACAUGCUCUAUGAUUAGGCAGCACUCACACGUUAAAGUUAGAACAUGGAACAUUUUAAUAAAAAGCUGUAUUUAAAAAAAAUAAACCUCAGCCGGGCGUUCAGAGGUGUGCAGAAUGAAUGUACAGUUUCUCCUUUUAAAACUAUAUUUUAAAAGAUAAAUAAUCAAAUUUUUAUUCUGUCGGGCACAACACCGUGUUUAUGUUUACAUCUACCAGCCACUAGAGGGCACCGUUGAGCUAAAAAGUCAGCUCAGCAAGGCGAGGCUGGGACUGUGUAAAAUGGCAGACUUGAAAAGUCAAGCAGCUGAUUCUGAGCCCAGAAGAUGUUCUAACAGUAAAUACUGUUGUAAAAUAAACGUAUUAGCAGAAGUUAGUCCUUAUCCUGUAGGGGUUGUCCCUGAACAUGGUGCUGGAACGUGUCAGCAGUGAACCAACAUCCCAACGGCCAGAAAAUUAGUCCUGUUGUGGCAAUACCACCUCUGAACACCAGAGUUUGCCAGUGUCAGUGUUCCAUAUUCUACCUUUAUAAGAUUUUAGCUCGUUUGACACACAGUGUUACACUAACAGCUGAUCUCAGUAAAAUGUUUAUUUUUACAUUUUCUGACUGGUUGCUCAUCUUUUUUGGGGCCCAUUAUUUUUGAAACUAUCAUUUAAAUCCAGUUGAAAUAAAGUUUCCACUGAUAUUCAGUAGCUGAUUUGUUGGGGUUUUUGUUUGUUUGUUUCUUUUCUUAAAGACUUCUACUUAGACUGUACACACAAGUUUAAUCUCUUGAGGAUUUUAAGCUCUUUGUAUUUUGUUUGACAACUUUAGAUUAAAUGUAAAUUAUCAGGGUUUCAUCUGUUAGACUUAGACACCAUCUCCCAUCACUUCCAUUUGUGAUGUUGUGGUCCCCUCUUGCAGUUCUCUAUUGUUUAAAGAUCAAAUUCACUCAUAUUUUAACACAUUUGCAGUUGUUUCUAGUGGGAAUGAAUGCCGUGUAAAUUGUAUUGUGGGGAAUAAAAGCUCAGAUGCUCUUGUUUGAGGAUAGAGGACGUCAGCUGGAGGAGCUUGAGAUGACUAUUUGGACUCUUAUUUCAUGAUAUUUGGACAUCUCACCUCUAAUUUGAUGUCAGCAACGCAACUCUACCACUGGCUGUUCGAUAACGUUGAUGUUUAAUCUCCACAAAUAACACAAGCCUGAAAGAGUUCUGCUGUGUGGUGGAGCUGCUAAUGCUAACAUUUAGCUUCUACUAGCCAAGACGUUCUCUGCUGUUUCCUGGACGCUAAACCAACUGCAGCCUGGGUGAGUCCAUGAGUGUUAAGUGACAGUGGGACGUAGAUAUGUCAGAAUUUUCUGAUCCAAUCAUUUUUCCGUCUAUUUUCUAUCAGAAGCUAACGCAGGAAAUUCUUGGAUGGGUAUAUCUGCGUGUUUUCUGUAUUCUUUUUUCAAUUUGAAUAAAUAAAGUUGAACAUAAAAAAUAAAUGUGGUAGAUGAUCAUUUUCACGUUCAGCCUGCAGCUGUGACCGAUCUACAUAAUCAGUGAAAAUGGUUUUUCAGUGAAGCUUCUCUUCAAGUUUCUGCAGAGUCUGUGUCUGGUUUUGAGUAAGUUCUAUCAGGUUCUAACUGGUUCUAUUGGGUUCUCUAAGCAGGUUCUGUCUGGUCCCAACUAGCUAUGAACAUAAAGGAUCUUGUAUCUGCCAUCAGGUCUGAGCAAGUCUUGGACUGAAGACACUGAUGUGAAGUUAUUGUCUACUGAAGAGGACGAUCCGCCCUGCUGAAAAACCAGCAUGGAUGGUUACCCUGUGUUUUGGUGUGGGUUAGCUGGUGGAUCAGCAUGCAAUGCUCUCUAGAGGUUCAAGAACCAUCCCCGGAACAAACCCGCCUUCUUUAUCAACUCCUUCAGGUUUUAACAACCACUGGCUCUGAUGCUGCAACCCCAGCAGAACUCUGGAACAUUCCAUUCCAUGAUUCUGUGGAUAUCCCGACGCUAGUGCAAAAGUCCCUUGCUGACUCGCCUGUUGUGCUUGUCAACAACUGCACAUCUGAGAGGAAAAUGCUGAGGAGGGAGAGCUGGUGCUAUGUUAGCUUUAGCUUAGCAUUUCACAUUCCACUGCUUUUGUUUCCGCCCUUUAGAUCUUCUGAUCUGCUGAGUUACUCACGCAGCAUCAACAUGUGAGCUCAGGAAUGAAACCAAGGUCUCUGUGUCCAGUUCUGUCAAAUGAGACUUAUGGCAAUUUAGGUUUGUGAUUGUUAAAAACUGUCCUCCUCGCGUCUCACUCGUUGUCUUAGUGAGCUGGAAUGAUGGGCUUCAAACUAAAUGAGCAGCUGUGUGGAAGAAUGUCUGGGUGUUGUUUAUGUCUACCAUGCUGUGGCUUUUUUAUGUUUUAAUUUUACUGGUAAUGUCUUGUUCUUAACUGAGACACACUAUGUCCCCACGUCCAUCAAAGACGUCUCACAAGCCCCAGAAAAAAGGCACCCGGUAUGUCAAGAUGGUGACGAAGCCAAGCGAGCCACCUUUGCUAUUAAAAUCAGCAUAGAGCAUGAUUUUAAAACAGGCAGAAACCAGGUGCUCUCUACAGCAGCUGUAAGCCACGAGUCAAUGCAGGGGGAGGGGCUAAAGGUGUAUGAUGAUGGGCGGAAGUCUGUGUACGCUCUGCAGUCUGAGAGAGACCAAAGUCCCGGAGGAGCUGUGGAGGUAAUGACCCCCACCCAGGUGGAGGAGCUUCUGCAUCAGGCCAUUGAGGAGGGGGUGCAGUAUCAUCAGCCUGUCUUCUCAGCACCUUACAUGGGUACGAGCAGACCGCCAACACCUCGGACACCAACCAAAUCACACCUCAAAGACAAAACUCAGUGCAGCCAAGACCUGAAAGAACAGACCCCCCCGCAAAUACCACAACCAGACCUCCCUUCAGGCGCCAAGACACUCUGCUGUAGCACUUCAGGACAGAAUCAAAGGAAUCUGAAUCUUUGGUCAAAGUUCAGUCAGACAUCUCCACCGGGAUCCACCUUCAUGAACACCGAUGCCAACAGUCCAAACUCUGUGGCUCCUGUCCAGGUUACAGUCAGGUCUGGGGGAACACCUGCACCUACCUAUGGAUCUCCCAGUGGACUCAGCCCGUCUUUAGUCAACCAUGAGUCUGCUGCUCUAAUAGAGAGAUCAGCCAAUUCUCCCAGACACAUACCCAUCCACCCGGAGAACCGAGCCAACACCGAAUCCAUCACCAUGGUCUUCAUGGGCUACGAGGACGCUGCAGAUGAAGAGGAAGGUGUCCAAGCUGAGAUAGUUCUGAUCACCGACAGCAGUGAUGAAGACGGUGCAGACAGCUGUGUGGGAAACCAAAGAGAGAGGAAGGAAUAUUUAUCAUAUCACCCAGAGGGAUGCAAGAGCAAAAUCUUCCAACCCAAGAUGGGCGUGGUCAAAGUUUCACGUGACGGAGACCUCACCGAGGAGGGUUUGGAGCUCCGCAAGCCGACAUUCUGUCACAGGUCCGGAAAACGCAGCUGGUCUCUGCAGAAUCAGUAGGUCCAGGAGGCUGGAACCAGCAGCACCGGUACCAUCGGUACCAGCGUCUGUUCCACAGUCAGAUGAGACCAAGCCAGAGAGAAAACACCACAGGUCUUUAUUCUGCCUUCCUCCUACCUCCCUCUAGGACCUGUUUCAUAAACGCUGUACUGCCCUCUGCGGGCCUAGAUCAUAACUGCUGUCAACGUUAUUUUAGCUGAUUUAUAAAUAUUUCUCAGGUCAACAAUAACCAGGCUGUUUUAAUUACGAUGCAUUGGUAUUAUCAUUAUUACACUUUUUAAUCUUCAUACAGACAUCUACACACAGUGAAAACAGCUGUUGGAUUAUUUACCUGCAAGUGUUUUUACUGAAAACAUUUUCACAUCCGUUUGAUUAAACUUCCGUUAUGAAUGCAGCUGCCUUGAGUUCUGGGCUGGAAAUGAAAAUCUGUGAUGUUUCUUCUAAAUAAAGGAUCAUCCCUCAUCAGC